CCUAUAGGUUUCUUGAAGUAUUUGAAGGGGCAUGACCAUAUUGAACAUGUUGUACUAAAAAGGGCUGGCAACAAGUGGUUGGUGAAGAUGAACGGACGACGGUUAGAAGAUGGUUGGGAAAAGUUUGCAGAGGAGCAUGAUUUGCGGUUAGGAGAUAUGUUGAUUUUCAGACACGAAGGAGACAUGGAUUUUGAUGUUUCCAUAUUUGAUUCAACUCAUUGUGACACAGAAUAUGCAGAGUAUAUGCAGAUACAAAAAGAAAAGGAGAAAGAGGUCGAGGAUGAGAAUGAGAAUGAGGAUGAUGAGGUUGUUGAGGAUGAGAACGAUUAUGAGGAUGAUGAUGAUGGGGAGGAGGAGGACGAGAACGAGAACGAGAACGAUGAUGCUGAGGAGGAGCGGGGUGAUGACGAAUGUGAAGAAGCAGCUACUCAUGACAGACCUUUUGGUCGAUCUCAUUUUGAAUUCACUAUUAGACAAUAUUGUCUUUCGAGAGGUUUCAUGUGGAUUCCUCAACAUUUUGCAUUUGCAAACGGUCUCAUCAACCGCAACAAGAAGUUUGGUUUGAUUAUACUUGAUGAAAGACAAACAAGGUUGUGGAACUUAACACUACAUUCAUGCAAAACUCAAGCGUAUAUUGCGGAUGGAUGGCGAAAAUUCAGUGUUGAUAAUUGCUUAAAAGAGGGAGAUCGAAUAAUGUUUGAGAUCAUUGCUAAAGGAGGCACACAAAUAUGGAAAUUUCAAGCUGUUAGUAAUGCAAAAAAAACAAUGAGGAAGUUCCAAGAAAAACCAAAGCCCAAGAUCAAGACAUCAGGCAAGGCUUUCUCCAAUGUAGAAGCUACUAUGGAUAUGCAUCUCAGUCGCUCUCAGUUCAUUUGUACCAUUAAACCUUAUAGCCUUUCAAAGUAUUUUCUGUGUAUUCCAAAACGAUUCGCACAAGAAAACAGACUCAUCGACAGGAAAUGUAAUAUAAUUAUGAGUGACAAACUACGAUCAUGGACGUUUAGUGUGUAUACAAGUGGCGAAAUCACCUACUUUGGAAGAGGAUGGCAUGAAUUUUGCAUUACGAAUUGCUUAAAGGAAGGAGAUCGCUUAAUGUUUGAGAUGAUUUCCAAUGGAGAAACACCUAUAUUAAGAUUUCAUGAUUGGAUGCUGAAAGAAUGUCAGAUAAAGGUCUUAGGCUUAAGAUUUCGAGCACGCCUACUCCGGAAUCACAAGUGGCUGCUUCCGAGCACGCCUACUCCAGAAUCACAAGUGGCUGCUUCAACAUCUGUUGAUGCCAACUCUCAUUUUAUGUCUACUUUUAAACCUUACACCAUCAAACAUCCUACUUUGUAUCUUCCACUGGAUUUCUCGAAAUCAAAUGGCUUGAUGGAUAAAAGUGAGAUGAUUCUUGUCGAUGGAAAGCAGAGAUCAUGGUUAGUGUGGCUAGGUCGAACGGGACAUCACUUUGGAAUUCUAAGGGGAUGGACACAGUUCAAAAAAGCAAAUGGUGUUCAAGUAGGAGAAACUUACAAGUUUGAACUCACCAACAAUGGCACAAUACCUAUAGUUCAUUUCCACUGUAAAUAUUCUGGGAAGGAUGCAGUUGUUGAUGAGCAAGGAAACUAGUCAUUAAAGCAAGUGGAUGUAAUGAUUUUGGAUCUUGUACAUUUUGGUAUAUUCAUUGCCCAAACCUGUCUAAUCAGACAUCUAACAAGGCUCCCUUCAGAAGACCAAGAAUUUAGAUUUUACUAUAUGUUUUCGGAGCUGUGUAAUCUCUGCUCUGUAAUUGCAAUUGAUCGUUAGUCAGUCGUUUUGUUGCACUCUAUAUGUACUCAGUUUCAAUGAAAGAGAAGUU